UCUCUUUCUCUCUCUUUCUCUCUCUUCUGCAUUUGCUUUUUCUCUCUCUCUCUCUCUCCUCUUUUUUUCUUUCUUCAUUUUGAGCUCACAAGAAACUAAGGAAUCAUUUCAUUAUUCUUGUUUCUUCAUCGCACUCACCAAAAAUCUGCCCUCUGCCCCUUUUUGUUUCCUGCAUUUUGAGGCAAUUUUUUUUUCCAAGUUUCUUGUGGAGGAAGUUUCGGUGUUGGGGUUUGUUUGAUUGAUUCCUUGUUUUUGCUAUAAUUCUUGAUUCUUCAUCUGGGUUCUCGAAUUUGUUCGGGUAAUUCGUGGGUAUGGAGAGGGAAUUCUUUAUGAACGACGGAUGCAACUUUUACGGGAUGGAAAUCCAACCCAAUGAGCUGAAUUCGAGUGGGUUGUUCAAUAAUGCGAAUUGGGAAAAUUCUAUGGAUCAGAGCGAUCUAUUUGAGUCUACUUUGAGCUCGAUUGUGUCUUCUCCGGUGAAUUCCCACGCCGGCGGCGACAACGUGAUGAUGCGGGAAUUGAUCGGACGGCUUGGGAGCAUUUGCAAUUCUGGAGAUAUUUCGCCUCAUUCUUACAUUGGUGGAACCAACAACAACAGUACGAACACUUCUUGUUACAAUACGCCUAUGAAUUCUCCACCGAAGCACAAUUUGUCGCCGAUCAUGGAGUCGCAGAUGAGAGGGAAUUUGUCAGUGGGGGGCAAUUUGGUUCCCCAUCAGAAUCUGGCGCCGUUCUCGGCCGACCCAGGGUUUGCCGAGAGGGCGGCGAGGUUUUCUUGCUUCGGAAGUAGGAAUCUCGGGAGCUUGAAUGGGCAAUUUAGUUCAAACGAAACUCAAGAAUUGGGUAACAGAUCAGUGCCCGGAGGUGGAGUGGAAUCUGGAAAGCUCUCCAGAGUUUCAAGUAACAAAUCCUUCAACAUUGCUGGAAUUGGAUCUCAAAUGGGAGUUGUUCAGGAGGGCAACCAAAGCCCAAUGCAGAAGGGGAAUUCAAUGCCUAACAAGAAGCUGAACAGGUUUUCGAGGUCUUCGACGCCCGAAAAUGCUGGUGAUUCGCGGGAGGGAUCUUCGGUUUCCGAGCAGAUUACUGCCAGGGAGUUGGGCUUCAAAGGUAAAGCUGAAGCCAACACUAGAAAAAGGAAAUCAGUUCACACUGGGGAAGCAAAAGAUGUGAAGGCUGCAGGAGAGAACCAUGAAUCAACUGGGAAGAAAAUCAAACCAGAGGAAGUUUCCAAGAAAGAGAUGGAUGCUGCUAAGGGGAAGGCAGAGGCAAAAGAUGGCACAAAAACUUCAGGGGAUGCAAAUCAGAAGCAAACCAAUGAUAAUUCAAAGCCUCCAGAACCUCCAAAGGAUUAUAUCCAUGUCAGAGCUAGAAGGGGUCAAGCUACAGAUAGCCAUAGUUUGGCUGAAAGAGUACGGCGAGAGAAAAUCAGCAAACGGAUGAAGUUUCUUCAAGAUCUCGUCCCCGGUUGCAAUAAGGUAACUGGGAAGGCAGUCAUGCUUGAUGAAAUCAUAAACUAUGUACAGUCCUUGCAGCGCCAAGUUGAGUUUCUUUCAAUGAAAUUGUCAACUGUCAAUCCAAGGAUGGAUUUUAACAUGGAGACCCUUUUGCCAAAGGAUAUCUUCAAAUGUCCUGGUUCGGCGCCCCAUACGGUUUACCCUUCGGAUUCAUCAAUGCCCACAUUCACAUAUGAAUAUCAAUCUAUGCAUAUGCCUCCUCUUCACAGUGCCAUUUCUAAUGGCACAGAGAAGCAAUUCUCAGUUGCCUCAGCAAGUGAUGCGAUGCAAAGAAAUCUAAGCGGGCAGGUUCCAAGCGGGUACAGCGAAGUCGGGAAUGGAAUCCAAAUUUCAAAGUUUUGGGAGGAUGAGCUCCACACUGUAGUUCAGAUGGGUUAUGGACAGAACCAGGUGCAGAAUGCUAAUGAUGAGAUGAAAAGUGAAUUGUAAAAGAAGCAAAAUAAUCAACUGCUGAAUUCCAUGGCGGCCCCCCACGGCGAGAGAGGCUUUCUGUACAUAGAGAGGGAUUCCAGUUCCAUUUUUUUGGAGAGAAAAUUAGCAAAGAAUUCUCCUCCCUUUUUUUUUUCUCCUUUUUGUUUCUUUCUGAAAAUUAUGUAUCAGCCACUCAAUUCUUUUUGAGAGUUCUUUCAAGAAUUCCACUCUGUAUAAUGCUAGAACUAAUUGCAGCAACUGGUGGUGGCCUCAAAUUUUUUUCAUCAAACCACAUUUAUGCUUUUAUAGCCCAUUGUAAAAGUAGUGUUGGAAAAAGAUUCAAAAGUUCUGACAUUCAAUCCAACAUUGUGUAUCACUCAGAAAUCAUUAAUGUUAUCAUUGUUCCACUCA